UAUAAGUAGAGAUACCUUACAUCAAGUUCAGAUUGAUCGAGGAACAGUGAAGGUACGGACGUACAGAGCCGGUACAUUCUAUUCGCAUGUUUCGAGGUGUUACGAAGGGACACUUGCGCGUAGAGUGCGGCACGGAUGGUGGGAGGUUUCGAGUAGGGUUACUUAAUAAAUGCUGAACGCUUGCGUACCAGCCGUUGAUUAAGCAAAAACGCUGGUACAACGCGCGACGAGUUGUAGACACGCUGGGUUCAGCCGAUUUAACAGAGGGAAAAGUAUGGGGUCGAAACAGGGAUUGGAUCUGUCCGACCUGGCGAAAAUCGAAGAAGAAAUAGAACAUCCAGUAGAACUGUUCAGAAUUUGGCGCGAUCAAGCUCGAAGAUACAAUCCCAGAGCGCCGGAUGCCUGUUGCUUGGCUACUGUUUCAAAGAACUGCGAGGUAUCCGCGAGAAAUGUGGUCCUUCGAGAGUUCGACAAUGACGGCUUCGUAAUCGUAACGGAUCGUCGCAGUAGAAAAGUCGAUAAUAUAGAAAAUGUUCCCCAGGUUGCCAUGUGUUAUUUGUGGUUUUACGUGAAUGAACAAGAACAGGAGAUUACACGGCAGGUGAGAGUAGAAGGUACUAUGAAGAGAUUGAUGAAAGAAGAGUAUCAACAUUUGUACGAUAGGGAACCGUUGUAUUGUAAAGUUCGGUCUCAUUUGUGUCAUCAAGGGCGCGAAGUAAAUUGGGAAGAACUGAAAGAAAGACACGAUGAGAUAUUAGACUCGGUUCGUAAAAACGAUAACGAUCUACCGAUGCCAGAUCACUUCGUUGGAUACAAGUUAUUACCCACGAUGAUGGAAUUUUAUUUCGCGAGGGAUCACCUUAUAGGUGAUCGAUUACUUUAUCGCAAGGAUACUUCGACCGGUUCGUGGACGCAUCAUCGAAUAGCAGCGUAAUAAAGAGUAUCCGCAUCCACGAUCGCGACAAUAAUUUUUCAUCUGUUUUUGGUAAUAAAAACAUUUGAAAUCGA